AUGACCAGCCGUUCCCAAAGCUCGUCAUGGAGUAGUGAGUCGAGUGUUGAUGCCAACAAACCCACAUCGCAGAACAGCAGGGCUCCUCAGCCUGUGAACGAGCACGAGAAAGACGAGGUAGACUCCAUGGCCAAGCUGAAAGAGCGACUGCAGCUGGCGGAGAAGAUCAACUCAAAGCUGGAACAGCUGUAUCAAAAGUAUAGACUUCGUUGGUUAGAGGAAAGCUAUCGGGCAAGGGUAUUGGAGGAAUAUGCACCGGAAGGAGUCAGUACUUACCCUCCACAUCAGAUCUCAUGGAAUGCUCCCUCUCCUGCUCAAAGCGAAUACUGUGACAAUGCCGAGGUUCAGGACCAAGAGUAA